UUGACGCGUGAUGCUAGCCACGAUACUUGACGCGUGAUGCUAGCCACGAUACUUGACGCGUGAUGCUAGCCACGAUACUUGACGCGUGAUGCUAGCCAUGAUACUUGACGCGUGAUGCUAGCCUCGAUACUUGACGCGUGAUGCUAGCCAUGAUACUUGACGCGUGAUGCUAGCCAUGAUACUUGACGCGUCUGCCUCGGAUUGUAUUGUGAAACAAAUUGCUUGUUUGGUGAGACUGGACCAAUUUGUUCCGACUGACCAGAGUAUUGUAGCUCAUAAUAAUGAUUCGUAUGAGUCAGUAUCAAUGAAGAUGUAGGUGUUUGCAUAUUCAAACGAUGCAAGUUCAUUAGCAGGCAUGGUUCUUUUCCGUGAGUUUGCGAAGUACCGGUAGUCUCUACCAUACUCGGACUGUUUCUAGAUCACAGUUAAUAAUUGAUAAUAAUUUAUUCGCAUGAUAUGCACAGGGUUAUUUAUCGAAAAAAUAUACGAAUUUUGAGAGAUCUUUGACUUUGAUUUGUAAUCAAAAUUUCGGCGAUGGAAGGGGAACAUUUGGCGACCAGCAGCGUUGCAGGGACUGGCAAAAACCGCACAAAAAAUAAGAAAAAGAAGAAAAGGAAGACGCGAGGCGCACGCAACCAUGGCUUGUGCAGAGGUCCUUACGAUGUUGCGGACUCUGUACUGCGAACGACUCCCUGGUACGAGGCGGCCGAGUUCUCCCGCUUCUGGUCGCACUACAGCGCCCUCAUGUACAGCGCCCACGUGUCGGUGCUGCGACAUGCCGUCUCCGCUGACCUCUGCCCCUGUCUGUCCAGUGAAAAAACCUCCACAUCCAAGUCCCGAAAGCGUCGCAGAAGUCGGCACGGUGGUGGUGCAGGUGAUGAGACCUCACCUCGCUUUCCAUCCUCCAGCAAAUGGCGUCCACUUUCCCCCACUCCUUUGCCUCGUCUGUGCCAGCAACACAAACUCCAGCAACGUCGCAGACACUCCAGACCUCGUCGACGCUGUAGAUCUCACCGCAACGUAACAGAUUCUAAUAAUUCGAUGGCUGACGAUUGUCACGAGUCCGAGACACAAGAAUCGGCGAGUGAGUUGAGCUCGCAACUGCGCGGUGGUAUGUCGCUCUGUGACGACCAGGAGGUGCCUGUGAGUGAAGAGUUUUUGGCUUUCAUGCAGCAAACGAUGCGCCACAAGCAAGAGUGGGCGUUGAAGAAAGCUGCUCUUGCUCAGAAGAAUGUAGACUCAAACGCCCUCAUCACCCAGCAUGGUGACGAAGUUGUUCCUCGAGAGGAGCACCCUGACGCCGUCAGGAGUCGCGAGAUGCGUGCGCUGUACGGGGAGGCGGCACCGCAGCUGCACGCCAUGGAGACCGCCGUGCAGCUCGCCUUUGACCGCAUCGCCACCCGCCACCACGCCGCUGUAUGGCCCAACAUCCCCUUGAACGUCAUCUUCUCUGACCAGUAGCUGCCAUCACGCCGCCGUAUGGCCCAACAUCCCCUUGAACGUCAUCUUCUCAGACCAGUAGCUCCCGCCACCCGCCACCGCCUGACUCAACAUCCCAUUUAACGUCAUCUUCUCAGACCAGUAGCGGUAUAGUGGCUCAACCUGUUCUGCCUAUAAAUUCAUAUGUAGUCGAGGUUCAACUCGUAUCAAUUCGUGGCUUACUCAAUACCGUGCAUGCAUUCAUUUGAUCUCCUGUUUUACUGAUGGCAGGGUCAUCGCUUACUAAAUACCGUGAUACUUCAACACGAGUUAAUUGAUCCAGUGAUAUUUCAUCAUGAGUUAUUUAGUCCCGUGAUACUUGAUCCUGAUUUACUUCAUCACGUGAUUGUUGGUCGCGUGUUACUUGAUUAUGUGGUACAUGAUCACAAGGCAUUAGACUGCGAAAUAUUUGGGGUCGAGGUACUUGACUAUAAUAAAAUUAAUCAGGAGAUACGCGAUCACGUGAUAAAUUAUAUACAAGUAACUUCAUAUUUGCACAAAUUUGCAGCUUGGAAAAUAAGCUCUGCCGGAGUCGAGUACAAACUCUCUAACAUGUUACUUAUUGGACGAUGUGGUUGAACGGACUCGUUGCAUGAUUUAUUUUAUUGCUUUCAAAUGCAUUUGCAUGAAUUGGGAUUCUUGUGCUCCACGCCAAUUUUCCGAAGAAUGACGAACUUUUUUGGUUCACGUAUUAACAAAGGAAUUAUGUCGAGAAUAAAACGUGUAUUGAACGUUGAAAAACUCUUGUUUUAAAAUUGAGGAUUUCUCAAGUGUAUUCAUGUUCAUGCUUUGAUGGGCAAGAUAAUAGUGAAAUGCUUUCACUAACUUGUACACUUUGCUACAAAUGUUGUCACAUCAUCACAAGUUUUCUUAGAGGUCCCGAGCUUAUCAUAUUAUUAAAUUAAUAAGAUCUGUGUUUAGUGUUUCAACCCAUCAUUUCAUUGCCAUAAAUACUUUUUCUGAAGAUGUUCAUUGUUUUCACGCUCAAUCUAUUGCAUGUGGGAAGUUACCGGUAUCGGUAUUUAUUCAUGGCAAUAAAUACUGUAAUAUCUUCAUAUUGGCAGUAUACGUUCAUUAGAUACUCGAGAUCGAAGGCUAAUGACAAAUAUGUACACAAGAGACGCUGUUGCGCGUCGUUUUCACGACCUCGCCGGGUUUAUUGACAUUUGCAUUCGCCGAAGAAUGCUUGCCCUUUAAUUUUAUACUCCAUCAAAUGACGUACUUAAAUCAUUUGAUGACUUACGCUGGGACAAGAUAAGAGAAAAUUCCUAAAUAAGUGCGACUCAUUAAGUAGUUAGUGCCUUUGAAGUGGCUGCUGGAUCGUCAUUAGUGCCCUGAAAGCGAGAAAAAUUACCAUUCAAGUCGCAAUGAAGAUGCAAGGUCGCUGCGGCGAGAUGAAGGAUGUCGUCUCUCUAGUUAACGUCUAUUUUUGUUCACGAUGAAUACAAAUUUAUUUGAGCGCUGUCUUUUGUGCGGAAAAAACUAGCAUUGACGUUGAAGCAAUGAUACAUUUGUACAUGCAAGACUUUGAUAGAGUUAAGCUUCGGAAUGUUUAAUGUCAAUUUCAUUAUAUCUGCUACGAAAGGAUGCUUCUUAAAUAAGUUCUCUCGGUGGUUCUCAAAGCGCGAUUCAUUAGUCGGAUUCUUGUAAACACCAGACGAUGAUCUCACCUCAUCGGCAACGAGCUGGGCUCUCGAGGCCUAUCGGCAAAUAUUGCAGGCCUCCUCACAUUACAGCGACUGCCACAGCGCUCUCUCAUCAUCACACGCCAGGAAAUUAGCACGAGCUUCCCGAGACCCGGGAUGUAAUCACCAUUAGGCUGAUGAAGCUCUCCCGUACGUCAUUCUCUGUGUCUGUUAGUGACUAUUACCUCGACGCCUCGACCUAACAUCGGUGACAUCUGGGCUUGUGUUCGAGCCCAGUUUGCGAUCCAGCACUCAACUUGCAAGAAGAUAAUCGCUCUGGAUUUAUGUUCUGGCCAAGGUCACGAUCCACCUCCAAACAAGCGGGAGCCGGGUUAGGUUAACGCCGCGGACUUGCGUUCGAGACCAGCUUGCGACCUGCCAUGAAGAUCAACUUUCAGGACUUGCAUUUCACCCCAGGCCGCGACCCAGAAGUUACCAUUCGGAAAAUUAUCGCAGGUUCUCGACUGUACCGGCCUCAACUGAAUUCACAUCUUCCAAGAGUUACCGCGAUCUGCUGAACUUUCAGCACAAUUCUAGUUUCGUGGUGUGAAUCAGGUUGAAAAACACGACGCUUCGAAGACAUUUAUUUUAUGAAUAUCUUGAAUGAGGCUACAGAAAAUGCUUUCUAAAACUUGCUGACAUGCCGUUUCUUGCGCUGGAUGCAUGCCGUAAUGUGCCCGUUUGCUUGAUUACAUAGAUCUUGUUUGCGUAUCAUUAGUACAAAUUUUUAACUCCUGCAAAAAUUUGUUACGAGAAAUAACCAUAGAUGACAUUCUAUUGUUAUUUAAGAAUAGAAUAAACCUUAU